GCGGAGGUUCCUCAUUACAGCAAACGUGUGGGAGGAGCCGAGUCUACGAUCUCACCUCUCGUCGCGCGAGUAGCUUUGUCUGCUGCUUCUCACAACGAAAUAAGACGGAAAACAUACGCGAGCGAGCGAGCGAGGUAGCCGUCAAUGCAAAAAGAAAUCCUCUUCCUAAGCGUCCCCAACCCCAACCCUAACCCUAACCCUAAACCUAACCCUAGGCACGCAUAGAUUCUUCCUCUCCUUCUUAUCGGGUUCUUCUUGGCAAUUCGGUUCGGAUUGCAGGCCAUGGUUUGAUCUCAGUUGAAUCGUCGAUCGAGUUAAACAGGAUCCGAUGGGAUGGUGAUUACAGCCAGCCGUUGCUGCUUUUUGGAGGCGGAUAAAGUCGCGGGCACCACUGCUGGAUAAUUCGCUGCCAUCGCCGUUUCGAAAUUCAUUAUCCGCAAACAUGGAUUUGGCAUCGAGUUGCAAGGACAAGUUGGCUUAUUUUCGAAUAAAAGAGCUCAAGGACGUCCUCACAAAGCUUGGUCUAGCUAAGCAAGGGAAAAAGCAGGACCUUGUGGACAGAAUUUUAAGUUUGUUUUCUGAUGAACAAGGUUCUAAGUCUCAUGGUUGGGCAAAGAAAAGCAUUGUUACGAAGGAAGAAGUAGCCAAAAUAGUUGAUGAUACUUACAGAAAAUUGCAAGUUAAUGGGGCUACUGAUUUAGCAUCGAAGGGUCAAAAUGGCUCUAGUUUGAGUGGCUCGAAGCCCAAAGAAGAAGUUGCUGAGGAUUUUCAAUUGGAUUUGAAGAUUCGCUGCCCUUGUGGAAGUGUAUUAUUUAAUGAGUCAAUGAUUCAAUGUGAAGAUCCACGAUGUAAAGUUUGGCAACAUAUGGGUUGCGUUAUUAUUCCUGAGAAACCUAUGGAAAGUGUUCAACCUGAAGUUCCAUCUCAAUUUUAUUGUGAAAUAUGUCGACUCAACCGGGCAGAUCCUUUUUGGUUGACAGUGGCACAUCCAUUGUUUCCUGUGAAGAUGACUACUUCAAAUAUUCCAACAGAUGGAACAAACCCAGUACAGAAUGUGGAAAAGAAAUUUCAACUAACAAGAGCAGACAGAGAUUUGCUGCAGAAAACUGACUAUGAUCUACAGGCUUGGUGUAUGCUUCUCAAUGAUAAGGUCUCUUUUAGGAUGCAGUGGCCACAGUAUUCAGAUUUACAGGUUAAUGGUGUGCCAAUCCGUACGACUAAUAGGCCUGGAUCUCAAUUAUUAGGAAUUAAUGGCCGUGAUGAUGGUCCUGCAAUCACAACAUGCUGCAGGGAGGGAAUCAAUCAGAUCACUUUACAAGGAUGUGAUGCUCGGAUUUUCUGCAUGGGUGUCAGAAUUGUAAAGCGGAGGACAGUACAGCAGGUCCUUAACAUGGUUCCAAAGGAAUCAGAUGGUGAGCGUCUUGAAGACGCUCUUGCCCGUGUUUGUCGCUGCAUUGGUGGUGGCGCCGCUGCCGAGAACGCUGAUAGUGACAGUGAUUUGGAAGUCGUGGCAGAAUCAGUUACUGUCAAUCUCCGCUGUCCAAUGAGCGGGUCUAGAAUGAAGAUUGCUGGAAGAUUCAAGCCUUGCGUUCAUAUGGGGUGUUUUGAUCUUGAAACUUUUGUAGAACUUAAUCAACGCUCUAGGAAAUGGCAAUGUCCCAUUUGCCUUAAGAAUUACGCCUUGGAGAACAUUAUCAUUGAUCCAUAUUUCAAUCGCAUCACCUCUUUGAUGCAAGAUUGCAGCGAAGAUGUAAAUGAGAUUGAUGUGAAGCCCGAUGGUUCUUGGCGUGCAAAGAACGAAAGUGAAUGUAGAGAUCUUGCACGGUGGCACUUCCCAGAUGGAUCUCUUUGUGUCACAACAGAUGGUGGGAUGGAACCCGAACAGGAGAUCUUCAAGCAGCAAAUUAAGCAAGAAUUUGCAUCAGAUGAACAUACAUCUUUAAAAAUAGGAAUCAAGAGAAACCACAAUGGAAUGUGGGAAGUGAGCAAACCUGAAGAUAUGCAGCCUAUGUCAUCUGGAAACCAUUUAGCAGAGAGAUACGAAAAUCAUUGCCCGAAAGUCAUGCCAAUGAGCAGUAGUGCUACAGGAAGUUACAGAGAUGGUGAAGAUGCAAGCGUUAAUCAGGAAGGCGGGGGGCAUUUCGAUUUCUCUACAAACAAUGGCAAUGAGCUCGAUUCAAUACCCCUCAGCUUUGGCCAACCGUGCAGUGCUGUAAAUAGAAUUCCUUCUGCACCAUUAACAGAUGCAGAUGUUAUUGUCCUCAGCGAUUCAGAAGAAGAUUUAACUUUGAUAUCUCCAGAAAAUGUCUGCGGCGCUGACCCAGCCGAGGGUGGUGGAAUUUCUUUUUCUGUUCCACCUGGGGUUGCAGAAUCUUACCAAGAGGAUGACAACCCUGUCCUGGGUCUCUUUAACAGUAAUGUUGAUGAGUUUACAAUGUGGUCACUGCCCCCGACAGCUUCUGAUUUCCAGCUAUUUGGUACUGGGACGGUUGACCAAGAUCCUUUGGUCGAUGUACAGCCGCCUACUCAUGUUCCCUGCCCUGCACCAGUAAAUGGCUAUGGUUUGGCCUCUGGGGCUGCAUCGCAAGUUCAGGAUUCUGUAGUUGGACGGUCAAACACUGAAACUGAUGGAGGCCUGGUUGAUAAUCCCAUGGCAUUUGGGUCUGAUGACCCCUCUUUGCAAAUUUUCCUUCCUUCUCGACCAGCUGGCAUUUCUGUUCAAGCAGAUGCGAGAGACUGUGCUGAUAUGUCCAAUGGCAUCCGUUCAGAAGACUGGAUUUCUCUUAGGCUUGGUGGUGCAAGCAGUCAGAAUGAAUCUGCAGAUGAGUGUGGUUCAAAUUCAAGAAAACAGCAUGCAUCCAAUGAAGGAAGCAUGGCGCGGUUGGAUAGUAAUAACAAUAGCAAUAGUACUGCUUCUUUGCUUCCGAGCAUGAACAAUGAUGAUGAUGAUAGAUCUGAAAAGGCAACCUGGAGAAGGCCCAGGUCUGGUGGUCCUUUCUCCCACCCUCGCCAGCCACGAUCUGUACGACCACGGUUGCAUCUUUCUAUAGACAUUGAUUCUGAAUAGGCAAUGGAGUGCAUCUUGUGAGAUGCAGUUGCUCUAUUUACUUCAACAAGAUGAGAGAGGCUAUGCCAUGCCACCAGUGCACGUUCUGCUCAGGAAUGACUGUGGAAUCACCCGUUUCUUCUUCCUACCUUUUUCAUAAAUUCUGUUUCCCCUGUUUGUAUUUGGAUAUGAGAAGAUUGAAUUUCUCCUUGUCCUUGGUGAAAGGGAGCUCGGUGAGAGGAAAGCCCGGUCUCCACACAGAAGAACUUACCUUGCAUAAUUAGCAUCUGCAGCAUGGAAGGACAAAUUAAAGAAAGAAUGGAGAGAAAAUGCAUUGCUUUAUGAUGGUGAGCUUGAAGGCUGGCUUUUAUAAACUUAGCUGCACAGACCUCGUUUCAGCCUUGUUUCCCGUUCUGAUGGUAUUGGCAGUUCAAUGUGCAUCAUCUUAUCAAGGUAAAACAAAUCAGGUCUGGAGAUGUGGUGGGGUCUUGUCUCAAGUAACGAAAAGGAAACAUGUACAAUAGAGAGAGCCAUAAAAACAGUAAAAGGCCAUCCCAAUGUAGGUGUAAGCCUUUGUUAGGUGGGAAGGCCUUUUGUAUCAUGCCUCGUAUAUACAAAAAAAAAAAAAGCGUAUUGGUCUGUGAAACCUCAAUAGCUGCAUUCCCAUUCUUGAAGCGCUAGAUAAACGGCCACAUUAGUUAGAUAAUUUUUAUUUGAUUUUUAAUAUCCUGCUACAUGCUUUUUCCUUUCUUCUACUUGUUCUUCAUAUUCAUCUGGAAUCACAAUGCCGUGUGUAUUUACAUCUGAAAUCAUUGAUGGAGUCCAUUUCCAAGAUUACCCAUUUGCAGCAUUCCUGUUCUCAUAUACUACCAAAAGAAAAGGGGGGCUGCCUGCUUGGUUUUGCUUCCCAUCAGCUUCAGAUCAGAAGGCAUGCAAGAUCCAAGUAAUCUUCCAGGUUGUGGCUCAGCUUUAUUUGCAAUAAGCAUAUUUAUUAUUGUGAUGACCGACUCUCCCUCUAAUGAGAUUUUUUUUGUGGCACCUUACUGUCCAUCGUGAGUGUUUGCUGAAUUGCUUCUGAAGAGGACAGAUCUGCCAAGUUUUUCUUCUUCUUCUUCUAUUUUUUGUAAUUAACCAACUAUUUCUGCACACAUAAAACUUGUAUAGAAUUCUCUCUUUUUAGUAUUUAUUUC